AUGAAAAUUUUGGGCUUUCUCGAAGAGCCGGUGGCCCUGGAUGUCUAUGAUGCUGGCUAUGAGUGGGUCCGGCAUAUGCUGCUGGAGGCUUGGGUCGAGACCAAGGCGGACGACCGCUGGAAGAUGGGCCCUUUCGUGGAUCUCCUUACUAGUUUGAAGCUAAGGGUCAUUCAGGACAGGGCCAUCUGGCUGGCGGCUUUAGCGCCCGACUGGGGUGCGGUGCAAUUCAGCCUCCGCUUCAUACUGAGCAAUGUGGAUUAUCUGAUCCAGGGAGGGUGUGCCUUCUUGGGCUAUCGAGUUGGCUUCCCGGGGGCCGCAGGGGACAGUGGAUGCUCGGCCUGCUCGGGAGGAGUCUCGGCGCGCAGACUUCCCUCGACAGCCAACCGUCAGACGAGCGCCAUGGAGGCCGCGAGACCCGAGAACCGACAGAGAGCGCUUGCUGCCUUGGAUCAGGACGUGCUAGCUUCAAGCACAGUGUCCUCCAACAGCUGCGGGGUGCGGCUUUACGAGUCGGUUUGCCGCACGUGGGGCGUGGAGCCGUGGCCACUGUCUAGGGAGAGCACCAGGGCUUUUGGAGCAUGCUUGAAGGCUGGCGCUUACAAGAGCGUGGCUGUGUAUUACAGUGCUUUGGCGAGCCAUCAGCUGCGGACGAUGUGGCAGGCCCCGAGCCCUGAGGAUCACUUCCACGUUCCGGUCCUUCGACAAGUUUUGCGCUGGGAUGCGGAGCCGGCCCCAUUCGAUGGUCAGGACCCUCACCACAUGGCGGAGGUGGGCCACGUCACCUUCAACGAAAAGCUUGGGGAGGUGACAUUGAUGUUGCCGGUGCAGAAGUGUGAUACGCGGGGAUUGUUGUGCUGCCGUACUCUGCGGUGCGCAUGCCGGGCGGCACAGCAGCUUCUUUGCCCAUUCCAUAGCAUGCGGCGGCAUAUGCUGCGCUUGGCCGAGCUGGGGACAUCAGCUACUUCCACACGUGCACCCCUCUUCCCGAACCAGGACGGUGGCGUGAUGAGCAAGGAGGAGUUUAUCCGAUGCGCUCGGACGACCCUACAGGCCUGCGGUGUCGAGCUGACGCGAGAGUUCGAGGGCGUCGCUCUGCAGAGGUUUUCUGGUCACAUUGCCAGGGUUUCGGGGGCGCAGUGGCUGCACAAUCUUGGAGUGCCGAUGCAGAUGCUACAGGUCCUCGGACGGUGGUCGAGUUUGACCAUACUCAAGUACCUGCAAGGGGCCCCGUUGCAGACCCUUCCGGAGACGGCGGCGUGCGCCUUGAACCCAGGACCCAUGGCGGCUCGGAAGGAGGCUGCCUGGUUGCUCAUCCCAACGCCGGCGGCCACGGGGUCGGGAGAUGCGGUCACCAUGGUGUCGGACAGCGAGGAGGACACAGCUCCGCAACAGGCUAGGAUCCCACAGACGGGUGCGAGGGCGGCCGGCAGCUCUGAGGAGAUGAGCCAGAUCCGGUCGGAGCUGGCGGUGAUGCAAUCAGCUUUGGAACAGCUCAGGGACAAGGCGGCAAACCCUCCGGCCGCUUGGACCACGGUUUGCGGCUGGCGGUAUGGCUUGAGCCAGUUUUACAGAGGUCGAGCUCAAGCAGCUCUAGCUCGUCUUCCUCCGACUCUAGCUGAGAUCGAACGAGACCGCAGCCUGGGGGACUUGGACUAUGUCACAUGGGACUACGGCGACCUUGGCAGGCAGGACCGUUCUGGAUCCCGGACGUGGGAAGCUGCUGAGAGGCAGGCAGGGGCAGGCGACACCGUGCGAGCCUACCUUCAAGCUCGUGGCAUACUGUCUGUGGGGACCUUGGCUAUGGUGGCGAGGGACGACGCUUCCUAUGCAUGCUUGAACUGCCGGAAGUUGAGCAACCAAUUGCGAAAGCAGUGUUGCUUUACAUGUGGACCUCCAGCUUCGAACUCUUCCACGACAGGGUCUUCCAGGUCUGCGGAGGAGAAGGCGCCCAAGACGCUGCCUCCUAAGGUCUGGCAGGAGGCUGUGGCCAAGUACAAUGCCGUCUGCGUCGGGGGCGUUCCCCGGGAGUUUCCCAUCAAGAAGUUGGUGGGAGCGGAAAGCGUCUUAGCACGCUUUCACCGGGAGCACGUGACCAGCAAAGCAUAUUCUCCGCUCGAGUUGGGGGAGCUGAUUUCCAAACGUAGCUUCACUGCCACGGGCGGAGUGAACCAUCUGGCCGCCAAGAAGCGGUCUACUCGCCUGGAGUUCGACGGGGAGUCACUUAGGUCUGCAGAUGAGACAACGUGGGAGCCCCGCUCCCUCUGGGCCGUGGUCGACGGCUUGGACGCCGUCAGGUGGUGCCACAUCCUCUUCGAGGUGGGCGAGGAGAGACACGAGAUGACCCGGCGUGCACGCGAGCGACCAGACAAGAUCGAGAUCUUCCGCGAGUAUUACGCUGCGGUUUCAUGGAGCAUCUGCAUGGCGAUGAGGGUCAACAAGACGUACAAGGAGGCGAGUGAUGCUAUCUUGGCUGACGUGACCAUGUGGAACGAGUACAUGGCCCGCAACUCGGGGCAUAUAAGGGAAAGGCCAAGAACAGCAAGGACAACAGCCUUGGCGGCAGUGGCAAGCUCCGAGCUCCUGGACUCGACCUCGUGGCAGCGACAGCAGAGGUGGCGUGGCGAGGAGCCGGCACAGGUUCUUUCGAGAUUCCAUCCGAUGAGCGGGGGAAAGACAGAGCGCCGAGCCGGGCGGUGGCGGCACCAUCGCUUCGAGCCCCGUCUGCAAGGCUGCGGCGACGUCAUCUUGCUCAGUUUCUUCGAUGGCAUAGGCUCGGCCUCGCUGGCCCUCGAGUCCUUAGGCGUCAGAGUUCGGGCCACCAUGGAGUGGGAGAUCGACCCAUGCGCCAUCGCGGUGUCGUCCAAGGUGUCCCGUGGCCUUCGCAUGAAGAGGGGCAAUCUUCUUCAUGAUGAUCCAGGCGUGGUGGCCACCAUGCUGCAGGACCUUCUGCGAGACAAGGAGUCAUUAGUGCUGGUGACGGCGGGCCCUCCGUGCCCAGAUUAUUCGAGGCUCAGUGCUACCUCACCCGGCAGAGAGGGUGACUCUGGACAGCUUUCUGUCCGUUUCGCGGAGUUUCUUCAGGCUGUCGAGGCAAAGGUCCAGAAGAAGUUUCACAUCCUCAUCGAGAACGUUCUCCUUCAGAAGAGCACAGACCUGACCUGGUUUAAUCGGGCUUUGGAUGCUCAGCCCGUGGUGGCCGAUGCUUCGAGCUUUGGGAUGAUCAGCAGGCCUCGUACAUGGUGGACUCGAGUGAAUUGGGCAGCGAUGACCACGCAUCCUUACCAGCCUGACCAGCAGCUCAAAUGGGACAAAGUGGAUGGUCUCAGCCGGCUACAGUCAUUAGGCAUUUCGAAAGAUCUGCCUGAGUCCUUCACGAUGCCAGGUCUCAGCUUUCACGAGGACAUUAGCAGUGGCAAAAGAACUUUGCCAUGCCUGACGACUCCUGCCCCAUCCGAUGAGGGGCGACCAGCCCCGAAACGUAUGAAGGGCAAGCUUUCAGCUGCAGUGAAACGCAAGUGGCUGGAGGGCACCAGCCAAUAUGCCCCGUGGAUGUAUGAAAAUCAUGCUUUAGUCUACGAGGCCAAUGGCUCAGGUCAGUUGUUGCCGGCUGAGCUGAAGGAACAAUUACAUCACUACCCGUCAGGUUUUACGCGACAUGAGAAGGUGUCGCCACGUGAUCGUCAUCGCCUUUUGGGCAAUAGCUGGCAUCUUGGUGUGGCCAGGUUCAUGCUUGCUUUGGUUUUGCUGCAUGGGUUUGCUUCUUUGAAACCGGUCGCGGCUACAGAUCUAGAGUCGGUCAUGCAGGAGGCUCGCGCCAGGGAGAUUCCAGUCACAGGGCACGUGCAGUCCUCUGAUAGGGUUGGCGUGAAGCCAGCCUUUGACAUGGAUGAGCAAUGGCAGAACAGUUUGAGCAUAAGCCACCCUGUUCUUGAACCGCCAGUCUUGGAGGAGGCAGUGCAGAAAACCAUGGCAGCCAUUUUACAGGCAGGACCGGAAGUUCCAGAGUACAGAAAGAGGACCCUGGCCCUGUUACGUGAGUUGCGCGAUCAGAUGCAGAGCGAAACCGAAACAUGGCAUCGGGGCCUUGCCCCACAUGUGGCUAGUGCAUACACAUAUGAUGGCAAUAAGAUCGUACAGAUCCCACUGCUGUUGCGCCUGCUCCAAGGUUGUGGUUGCCCAGAUUGCGAAGGUCUGGCCAGGGACUUGUCGUCUGGCUUCCCGCUUUUAGGCGAAUUGUCCAGAUCUCCAGGCUGGCAGUCCAGGACAGAUGAUUGGUAUGAACAUCCUAUCAGCGAGGCGACGUUUGCAAGGUUGAACUCUCAGCACAUCCGAGCGCGUACAGCGCGGAACAAGCCUGACCCAGAGUGGAGGACCAUGCUUUCUGAGAUCUUGGCUGAAAAGGACCAGGGUCUCAUCGAGGGUCCAUUCGAGGCUCACCCGAGCUGGGGCUUUGAGGCUGUCGGUGCGGCUGCCCAUGACACUACAGGCGCAGAUGGGCGCCGGAAAGUGCGUCGUUGUGAGGUGUGGUGCCAGGACAUGCUGGGGGCUUAUCGUCAAUACCCGGUUCAGGACACAUCACACGCUUACAUGCUGCUUCAAUUGCCUCAUGGGGUGAGUGUUUGGCGACAUAAAGUUUUACCUUUUGGCAGUGCUCCUUCAGUUUGGCAUUUCAACAGAUGUACCGAUGCUCUGGUGUGGCUAGCUCGCUCGUGGACGUUGGUGCUGGCUUUGCAUUAUGUUGAUGAUGUUGGGGGUCCGGAGCCUGAUUGGGCCGCUUCAUCGUCGUGUGAGACGUUUCGUGAGCUUUGCGAGAUCAUUGGCAUUCGGGUCAAGCCAUCCAAAGAGCAGUUGCCUGCGGUUCUUCAGAAGGUUUUGGGUGUUUGGUUGUCCAUUCAUGCAGAUCGACUCGAGGUGCGCCCGGACUCCAGUCGUUUGACUAAAGUGAUUCACUCUUUACAGUCUUGCUUGGAAACCGAUCAACUGCGUCCAGAGGAAGCUCAUCGCCUGUGCGGUAAACUCGUUUUCUUGCAGUCUAGCUUGUUGGGCAUGGUGGGUAUGGCGGCGAUGCACCCGCUGUACAUGCUGUACGCUCGGUCCCACGGUGGGGCUGAACAAUCUCUCGAGCUCAACCAAGGUCUGCGGAGAGCGAUUCAGGCCGUCAUCGCUCUGCUGGGCAAGGCCACGCCUCGCUGCAUCCCCUUGAGAAGGGGAGGCCAACAGACGAGCAUCGUGUAUGCCGAUGCAUUCUUUAAGCUUGGUGAGAGAGCUUGGAAAGCGGGACACGCACAGGUGCGCCACUGGACGCGAGCUCCCGUGUCGACGCUGACGAAUGGCUGGGGCUUCUUGGUUAUAGGGCCGGCAGUGACAUCACCGCCGGUCACGGACAUCGUUUCGUGCUUCAGCUCUCGCAAAGCCUACAUCUUCUUCUUGGGAGUGAAUGCUCAACUUCUGGCACUGCUGGCCAAUCGCGGACGUCUCGAUUUAUUCUGGGUGUGUUUUAUUGAUAACACUGCUGGACUCGCUGCUCUGGCCAAGGGUUUCAGUAAGGAGAGUGCUGUCAACAACCUUCUUGCUUUCUUUUGGUGCUUGUGUGCCGAGUUGGGAUGGUUCGGCCACUUCGAGUGGGUGGCGAGUAAGCUUAAUCCUGCGGAUCCAGUGUCCAGGGCCGAGUUGCAAUCUGCCAUCAAGUACGGUGCCGCGUUCCUCCAAAGGGUUCCAGGCGGCUACUGGCAGCUCCUGCGACAGGUGGCUACAUCCAUGACGUUGCAACAGGCGAUGCUGUGCAACAGGCCCUACAACUUGAGUUCUCCUUCGGUGGGUUUGAGAGGCCUUUUUGAAUCCCGUCACGGUGCGGCGUAG